GGUCCAGCCUUCUAGGAACCUCGAAAUAACGAAAAAUGCGUACAAAGUGCAUACCAAUGGUUAAAACGUUAUUGACAGGAGCGAAUCAAAUCUCAUAAACAAAAAAAAAGUGGGUUCGGGUCGAUUCGAACAAGGAGCCCAGUGACCCUAGCCCUUUUUAAUUUUUGACCGCUACGUGUCGAAGACCCUAGUCUUCUUCGUUCCGAGCGUGGAAAAAGGCCGACAGAAGCAACGCGUUGCCGGCGCACAAUCCAAGCCGCCGAGACAGACUAGGCUAUUCUCUUGCUCAUACUAGGGCUCGUUGUUUCGUCGCCCUCGCCUUCAACACAUUCACCUCCUACACUCUUCUCUGUUUAUACAUAAAAGAGUGUCGAGGAAGGAGUUUGCUGGAUGGCGCUUCGGUUUGAGGUUCUUGGGAGGUUCAACCGUGCUCGAGCUGCCCAACUGACACUCCCUCACUUUGUGUGCCAGACACCUCUCUUUAUGCCUGUAGGCACACAAGGGACAAUAAAAGGUUUAACAACCAACCAGCUUGAGGAAAUUGGUUGCCAAAUAAUACUUGGCAAUACAUAUCAUUUGGCACUUCGCCCUAGUUCUGAGCUGAUCGAUGAAUUGGGGGGUCUCCACAAAUUUAUGAACUGGCCAAGAGCACUGCUUACAGACUCCGGCGGCUUUCAAAUGGUGUCAUUGUUGCAUUUAGCUGACAUUACUGAAAAGGGUGUAACAUUUCAGUCACCAGUUGAUGGAAAGCCAAUGCUCUUAACACCUGAGGAAUCAAUUCAAAUCCAAAAUAGAAUUGGUGCAGAUAUCAUUAUGGCUCUUGAUGAUGUAGUGAAAACCACCAUUACUGGCCCACGAGUUGAGGAGGCUAUGUAUCGCACUCUUCGUUGGAUAGACAGAUGUAUAGCAGCCCACAAGAGACCAGAAGAGCAGAAUUUAUUUGGUAUUGUACAAGGUGGUUUAGAUCCUGUGCUAAGGGAUAUUUGCGUAAGGGGCCUGGUAGAUCGGAAAUUACCUGGCUAUGCUAUUGGUGGUCUUUCAGGUGGUGAAGAUAAAAAUUCAUUUUGGCGUGUUGUUGCUCAGUGUACUGCUGCCUUGCCUGAGGAUAAGCCUCGAUAUGUAAUGGGUGUUGGUUAUCCAUUGGAUAUUGUAGUUUGCAGUGCUUUAGGCGCUGACAUGUAUGAUUGUGUUUAUCCUACUCGUACGGCUCGGUUUGGCACAGCUCUUGUACCUGAGGGAGUACUGAAACUCAAACACAAGGCAAUGGCUGAUGAUACUCGUCCUAUUGAUCCUGCAUGCAUGUGUAUGGUCUGCAAGAACUAUACAAGGGCCUAUAUCCAUUGCCUUGUUACAAAAGACGCAAUGGGAUCUCAGCUUCUGUCAUAUCACAAUCUGUAUUACAUGAUGAAGCUUAGCAGAGAUCUCCACUCAUCAAUAAUACAAGAGAGAUUUCCAGAGUUUGUAUGCGAGUUUCUGCAGAAAAUGUUCCCCAAGGGUGACGUCCCUGAAUGGGUUUGCAAUGCCAUGGAAGUUGCUGGAAUUGAUAUCUCUUGCUGCUGUGCUCCAUUCUCCUCAUCCCAAGAUUAGAGUUCUUAACAUUUAGACAUGAAGGAAGAAAGUACAGUGAUAGGCAUUUUUACAGGGUUCAACUCAAAGGAAGUUGACAUCGAAGAAAUUUUAUACACAGGUGAUGACAGAGCGGCAUAGAUUUUGAUAGAGCAUAUGCUGCUUCACUAGGAACUGAACCUGAUCGAGAAAGUUCAACUGUUUUUUGUUAAUUAAUUACUAAUUCUUGUCAGUAAUGUAAGUUCCCUUUUUUUUUUUCCUCCUUUCGACCACUUCCUGUCUGAAUAUUAUUUAUAAUAAUUUAAUGAAUGACAUCAGUCCCAAGUCCCACUGGCCUUUCUAAUUGCCAGUAUUGCAUCCAAGGGAGUUAGCAAGUAA